AUGGCGUGUGUGCUAUGCGAUGCAAACGGUGAAGCCCCAAACACGUUGCACGAAAAUUACUCGGGUCAUUGCACUGCACCGGGCGCAUUGUCCUACUGUCACCCGGAUCCUUGUUAUCAAAGUACGGAUGUGCCAACUUCUGUAAUGAUCACCUCGUGCUCCUCCUCCACGAUUUCAACCGACUCCGCGAAAUCCAUGACUUGUUUGGAAGUGAACACACGACACAGUUACCCCGGGUUUUCCGAUGACUAUUUACUGGGUUCGGAGGCAGCAUGCAGUGCACCGAGCACAGACAGCUCUCUCAGUCCUCCACAGUCUUUCGGUAGUAAUUCAGACAAUACUGUGCUUGAAGUCAAACCCCCUUUCACCCAACCAGUUUCCACCUACGAUUACUUGAUUGCUCCUGGAACCACAGGUAUAAGCACUUUCAAAAUGGAAGACGAUUCUGCUGUGGUUUAUCAAUUACCACCUGCUACAUUCAUUCCCGAACAGACACAUACCCGUGCCCCACCGAGUCGGCCACAAACGCUUGACAUUGUGUACAAAAUUGAACCUCCGGAUUACGUGUACGAUCAGACGGAUCCAGUAACUCUCAAAUCGAGCGGGCUUACACUCACAACUCAGGAGAAUCUGUUCUAUCCCCCGUCGCAUCCGAAACAGACGCGACCUCGUGUCGUGUCCGCGGCAGUUCCGUCAACCUCCAAACCCGCAACAAAACAGAACCGUGUUUUGGAGAAAGCGUUUGCUUGUACCAUGUUUGACUGUACCAAACGUUUUGCUCGAAUUGAUGAACUCAAACGACAUCAACGAAUACAUAGUGAUGUGAAACAAUUUGUCUGUGAAAGUUGUAACAAAGGUUUCACUCGAAGCGAUCAUCUGAUGACCCAUCGUCGAACACACACCGGUGAACGUCCGUAUCCGUGUUUUCACUGUGAACGACGUUUUGCCCGGUCUGACGAACGCAACCGACACUCAAAAGUGCAUUUCCGUGAAAAAAGCAAAUGCGGGCGAAAGCCUAAAGUGGUCCCGGCUCAACAAGCGGUAAAUCCAAUCGUAGCCGAGUCGGUAAAAAUACCGUGGACCACGGCGUUCCAAGAACUCUCACUGUGA